AUGGUCGAAUAUGAGAGCGUACUUGAUUCUGGUGACACAGAUGACUCCGACAAAGACGAGAAAGAACCAUUUGUGACUUCGUCCUCGAAUCAACCAUCUGCGACAAAGCGUCCUCGCGCCUCAGACAAUGAGGACCGUGAAACGAAUGAAGUCAGAGAGCCCAGCUCUCGGAGCUCCCAGAAAUGGAAGCUGGAUGGUCAAAGCAAACGAUCGGAAAUAGCUUUUGCGUAUAAUCUUUAA